AUGCCUCCUUUUCGCCUUGGCCUCAUUGCAGACAUUCAGUACGCCGAUUGUGAGGAUGGCACGGACUUUUCCGGCUCUGAGCGGCGUUACUUUCGGAAUUCCUUGAAGAUCACUGAGCGGGCUGUGGACUGCUGGAAUGCGGUUGGCGUCGAUGCAGUUGUUCAGCUGGGUGACAUCAUUGAUGGGUGCAACUCAAAACUGCAAGCAAGCGAGACGGCCCUAAAGAGGGUUCUGGAAGUGCUUUCAAGGAGUCCUGCACCCCGCUUCGACUUGGUGGGAAACCACGAACUUUACAAUUUGCCUCGAGACGCACUCGAACGUUGUGGCCUCCGCUGCGGUGAAGGACGGAGCUACUAUGCUGCUCACUUGGGUGACUUCUGGGAGGGAAUCUUCUUGGACCCCUUCGAAGUGGCGCUGAUCGGAGUGCCACAAGAUUCUCCUCAGUUUGUGGAAGCAACAGAGACGAUCAGAACUCACAAUCCGCAGGUGCUAACAGGGGCAAGAGAUUGGUUUACUGGCCUCCCAACGGAGAAGCACCGAUUUGUGCCUUAUAAUGGUGGAAUUUCUCAAACCCAGCUGAAGUGGUUGGAAUCCGCCGUACAAGCAGCAGAGGCUGACUCGCGGAAGGUGCUGAUUUUCCUUCACGUGCCGCUUUACGAGCCGGCCACCAAAGCCAAGACAGUGGUGUGGAACGCUGAGGAGAUUCUGCACAUUCUUCAUACCCAUCGUGACACCGUUGUCGCCGUCUUCGCUGGCCAUGACCAUGAUGGAGGCUAUGCAGUGGACGAAGCAGGACUUCAUCACAUCACCAUGAACUCUCCCUUGACCGCUGAGGGUGAUUGCUUUGCGGUCUUGGAGUGCUACGAGGGCUGGGCCCACUUCAAAGCUCAUGGACGCGCCUGUGUUGAAAGCAACACACUGGGCAGCGGACGAGCAUACCCUGAACUUAUCUUGGCAAAAGAUGCUGUGAACUCCACCAGCCCUUUGAGUGCCUCCAGCGAGGAUUCCUCCGUGUUGCAAGCGAUGGGCUUUGAUUCUGUGAAAGCUCAGGAGGCCUUGCAGGCGACUGGUAACCUGGAUGCGGCAGCUUGCGUGAAAGAGCUGGUCGAAAACUCCUUGGAUGCCAAAGCGACUCGCAUCGAGGUGAGACUUCGAGAUUCCGGUGCUGAGCUCCUAGAGGCGGUCCAAAAGGGCUCUGGUGACUUCUCGACCUUCGGCUUUCGCGGAGAGGCACUGAGCGCCAUCAGUGCCAUGGGGGACCUGACGAUCGCCACGAAGACGAAAGCUUCGGCCGCAUCACUGCUCUGCUACGACAGAUAUGGAAAGCUGGCAAGCACUUCGCCCAUUGCGCGGGAAGUGGGAACUACGGUGUCAGUGCGGGAGCUCUUUAAGCGCCUGCCUGUGCGGCACAAGGAGUUCAUGCGGAAUGCCAAGUCGCAGGUCAGCGCUACACUUCGACUCAUCCAGUCGUACGCCAUCGCACAACCACAGGUCCGCUUCAGCGUGAUUGCUGAGAAGCUGCGGGGUCCAAGCGCCGGAAAAGCCACACUGCUGUGCACAUCAGGUACUGCUUCUGACUGGCACCAGGCUGCUGCUGCCGUUCUUGGCGAUGCAGCCCUUUCCAAGACGCAGAAACUCAACAUCAGUGCAGGCCCUUGGCAAGUGGAAGGUUUGAUCUCUUCUCCAGUGGCCGGCCGCCGCUCUCGGGAUGCACAGCUUUUCUUUGUGAACGGCCGACCAAUCGAUGCUCCGAAGCGGGUCGCCAAACUCAUCAAUGACACCUACCAUCAGUACAAUUCCAGAGCUUGGCCUUUGGUGAUUUUGUCCUUCACAGCUCCACAGGGCAUGGUUGAUGUGAACGUCACACCAGACAAGAAGCAGGUUUUUUUGCACGAAGAGGAGACUCCGGGAGAAUAG